ACACAACAACACACAACACACACACAACAACAUAAUCAACAACAGUUCUCGAUGCAGGAUGGGAUUUGCUGCAAAACGCUCUCAUGCUGAAUUUCGUUGUGAUACUGCGAACUGUCAGACGUUGUUUAGUUACCCUUCGCCAGCACCAACAACACUCUUUUCGGACCCUCCACCCUCCAUACCAUCUCGAACGCGAUCAUUCCGUACUGAAAGCGGUGAUAAAGAUUCCACAUACGAGCAAAAGGUUAGAUCUUGGCAGGCAAAGGAACAAUUCCACACAAGCAGGAGGAGGGAGAAAUCGCCUUUGCCGCUCCUUCGUCGAUCUGCUUCAUUGCCAACCCUUUCCGAGUUACGAUCUUUACCCCUAAUUGCGCCCCUUACCCAGCAGAACCUCCUCUCCGCAGAAGGUGAAAUGGACCCGAGGCUCGCCGGCGCACCCGCAACCCCGCAAAAGUCUGUCUCCUCGAUUUCCCAAACUUACGACACCCCGUCCCAAGCCUCUCAUGCUUCCAGCUCCGUGGAUGUCGGCGCGAAGUUGGAAAUCAUCAACAUAUUCGGGCACGAAACCAGCACCCCCAUUCUGCAGAAAUUGCCCGAUUUCAAAGCCGAAGUCCUUUCAGUUGUCAGUGGAGAGCGUCUGUCAGCGAUGAAACCUCAAUCAGCUAAGAGAUUCCGAAGUGAUUUCAAUGACGUCAAAUCCCGAAACGAGGCAACGCUCCACGACCGCAUGAUGCCGCAUAUGAUCAAGUCCGGGAGGACAGUGUCGGGGGGAGAGAACGCAGAUGAACUUUAUAAAGAGUUCCGGGAAGAUGGGCUGGAUCGGAAUAUUGAUGCGGAUUUCAGUGCUGGGUGCGUCCCUAUCCCUCCCUGCCAUGCCUUCGAAAAGAAUCUCGAGCGGCUUUUUGGGGUCAAGAACCCAAAACCGGAUUUCACAUUUGGCUUCAACCCUUCGACUUUCACGAAAGACGAGCAAUUAUUACUCCAGCGAUACGACACCUCAUACGCGCUGUCUAAAGGCAUUAUAUCACCAUUUUUCAUUAUGGAAUGGAAAGGCUCCCGAGGCACGAUGCAGGAUUGCUCCGUGCAAGCCCGUCGGGGUGGAGCAGCAAUUGUCAACGCCAGACGGCAGAUCCGCGCCUCCACAAUCCCCGAUUACGAUUACUUCACUCCCGAUCUCGCUACAAUCGCUUUCUCUUGCGCAAUGACCUCGGAAAUCGCAUACAUUGCCGUACACUGGUGCCAGCGUAUCGCUGAUAAUGAUUACUGGUAUAUGGCUGUGGCGAAGAGAUUUUUCCUGGCAGAAGAUGACGACAUUCAGAGGCUAAGGCUGUGUCUGCAUAAUAUUAUUGAUUGGGGUCUGUCGGAAAGGCGAAAUUCUAUAAAGGAGGAGCUGAGGGCUUUGGAUGAGAGGUGGCAGAUUGCAAGAUCACGGGAUUUAGAGACGCAACAAGGAUCGGUUUCCAAGAGAAGGAGGAAAGAAUGAAAUGAUUGCUUCAGGGCCUUAUUGUCGUGCAAGAAUAGGUUGGUUUAGCUAACUAAGCCUUAGUCACGAUGAGCUUACAUAUUGAUUGUCUCAUACCCCUUCAGUUAGUCAUGCAUAAAAGGGAUGUGAUAAAUUAAUCGACGAGUGGCGGCGGGUGGGCCAUUGGCGAACGGUUUAGUCGACUGGCAAAUGUUCGUAUUGGCGGAUAGCUUAGGCCAUUCACCAAUGGACUGGACCAUUGGCCAACCUGGAAUGGAGCAUAUUGGUGGGUAGACGGGAACAUAUAUACGGAAAAUGACCAAACUGCCACCCAA